AUGACACAAAAAUGCAUUGACGACUACUCCACAGUGGAUUUGAUCAUUGAUAAUCAAAAAACCAUUUUUAAUCCGAAGAAAUAUUCCUACGAACCACCACGACAAGUCGAUGAUAUCCACGUCCAAUCCGUUCACCAGGGUAAAGACAGCCGUCUACGCCAAACCUAUGGCACAACACAAUCAAUCAAAAUCCCAUCAUGGCUUUAUCAAAAACACGAAAUAAUCCCAGACUUAAUCCGCGAACUCCAAUUUUGUUACACUAUUAUGCCUUGUCAUGGCACACUGGAAGAUCAUGUCAACCUCUUCUUGAAAGCGAUUUGGGGGCCAAGUACUAUUGUCCCCGGUACCAAAGAGCAUGAAUCCUUUAACACCAUCAGACAACUUGUUACGAGGUAUAUACGGGGCCGAGAUUGUGACCACACAGGACUCGAAAUGAAAUUGAUGAAGUUGAUAUUACACUGUGAUAUGAUUAUUAGAAACGAAAGGAGGAAGUGGAGAGCAGAGAACAAGGAUGCUGUGAUGUGGAGUAUUUGUGAAGAUGGAGGGACAUCUUAUGUUAGUGACCAAGCUUCAAAACUGCUGAAUCCUAACAAAAGGAUGGAAUCGAGGAACAGAGAUGCGGACGAGGUUCUCUAUAGACUCGGAUGGGAGAAAAACCCUGGGAAUUGGGGAUCAGUGAGAUACAAGGCCCAUGAACCUUUGCACACGCAGGUUUUGAGGUUGAUGUCGGAGCAGUAUGGCGAGAAGGGUGGAAAGGAAGCAACGAACGGAAAUAAAGGUGAAUUUGUACAGAAGGAGAAGGAGAAAGAAAAUACGGAAGUAAUGAAGAGAGUUCAGACUGUUUUUGAAGUUAAACUGCUUCAUGGUGCAGAUAAGGUGGGGGACGGGGAAGAGGAAAAUAAAGCUAAGAAGGAGGGCAAAGGGAAGUCGGUUACCAGAAGGAUUGGCGUGGGGAUUCUGAGGUUCAUGAAGAUUAAGAAGUAA